AUGCCCCGAGGACAGAAGAGUAAGGCCCGUGCUCGUGAGAAACGCCGCCAAGUCCAGAAGCACUCCCAAGGGUUCACCGAUGUCCAGGGCAGUGCAGCAGAAGAAGUAGAGUCGCCCUCUCACUCUGUAGCUGCUUAUGGAGAUGCCGUCCCAAGCACAUCUGCUACUGAUGUGUCCCAGAUGUCCAAAAGAGCUAUGCCCACCACCAUUGCUGGCAAAGACAUUGCCCGCAAAACAUCUGGUAAAAGUUUCAAGGGCAGAAGGGAGGAAAAUGCAAAAGCUGCUAGUGCCUUUCUCUUCACUGAGAGCCCAAAGAAUAAUCUUCUAGUGAAGAAGACAGGAAUGCUGAUUCAGUAUCUGCUGUACAAGCAUAAAAUGAAGGAGCCCAUAACUAAGGGAGGAAUGCUGAAAGUUAUUAACAAAAGGUUCAAAGGGCAGUUCGCUGAGAUCCUCAAUAAAGCCUCUGAGCGCAUACAGUUGGUCUUUGGGCUUGAGGUGAAGGAAGUCAAACCCAAUAGUAGCUUAUACACCCUCCUCAGCAAGCUAGACCCUGGCAAUGCAAGUCUGGUCAGUGGUGUGCCUUUUCCCCAGAAUGGGCUUCUGUUGCCUGUCCUGAGCGUGAUAUUCUUAAAUGGCAACUGUGCUUCUGAAGAAGAGAUGUGGCAAUUCCUGAAUAUAUUGGGUAUCUAUGACGGGAUCUCACACUUCAUCUUUGGGGAUGUCAGAAAUGUAAUCACCCAAGAUCUAGUGCAGGAAAAGUACCUAGUAUACCGCCAGGUGGCCAAAAGUGAUCCUUUUAGGUACGAAUUCCUGUGGGGUCCACGAGCUUAUGCUGAAACCAGUAAAAUGAAAGUCUUGGAGUUUUUGGCCAAGGUAAAUGAAACCAUCCCCAGGGCCUUCCCAUCCUAUUAUGAAGAGGCAUUGAGAGAAGAGGAAGAGAGAGCCCUAGUUGAAGUUACAGCCAGGUGUGGCACUAAGGCCAAGGGCAAGGCCAAGUGCCACACUUGA